AUGAUUUAUGAUAAGGAAUUGGUGCGCUAUAAAAACACAAACUUUCGCCAUCCCAAAGGUUUGAUAACCUUUCAGCCACCAACGACCAAGGAACAGCAGCAAGUGAGGCUACAUGAUCGCAUGAUACAACAAAUUAAAUACUUUACCAAUAGUAUUCAUGGUGUUUGUUACAUUUGGGAGAAGGACUUCCGCUGGAAGGAGCGUUUAUUUUGGCUGUUUGUGGUAAUUGCUGCCGUUAUCACUUGCAUUAUCAUGUACAUGUCUCUGGCUAGUCGUCAUAAUAAGCAGCAGAUUAAAACAGUAGUGGAGACUUCACAAAUGCCCAUUUAUAAGAUUAACUUUCCGGCGGUAGCCUUAUGUCCCUGGGAUCAUGUCAAUUGGUUGCGUUAUAAGGCUGCAGAAGAAAAAUUUCUACCACCUUAUCCCGAUAAGAACUUGAGGGAUAUAUUUUAUGAUGUAUUACAGUGUUUGGAUGAUAUGAAUCUGUCUAGACUAGAUCGUUUGGCAUUGUUAAAGAAUCAAACAAUACCCAAAAUUAUAGAUGAAAUACCUCUAUACGAUUUGGCCAAUUUUAUGGCUUUUCGUUGUGAUGAAUUGUUUGUGGAGUGUGUCUAUGAUGACACAGUUUAUGAUUGUUGUAAAAUUUUUGUGGCAGAACGCACCGAAAAGGGCAUUUGCAUGGUGUUCAAUUCAAUGGUGUCGGAGGAGUCAAGAAAGAAAAAGAUAACGGAUGCUUUCUAUCCUUGGAAAAUACGCAAAGCAGGUGAAGGUUCUGGUUUAAAAUUUACUCUACGCUUUAAUAAAACAUAUGAAAGGCAACAAGCUACAACACAAUUUGGCAUCGAUGUCAUGAUUAAAGAGUCCGAUGAAUGGAGUGAAUCGCUUACACAUUUCUUUCUACCCAAUACCAAAAGCUAUUUAGCCAUAACACCCACAAUAACUGAAACUUCCACAAAUACUAGACGUUUGCCUCCACAUAGAAGAAGAUGUAUUUUUGCUGAUGAAAAAUCAAAUCGUUAUGAUCGAAUAGAACGUUUACCGUUUAAUCAAUUAAACUGUUAUGUUAAAUGUCAACAAAAAAAUUUAAUUAAAAUUUGCAACUGUACUUUAACCUGGUUCUUUCCGAAAGCUAACAUAAAGGAAUGCACCGUAUCGGAUUUUCAAUGUAUUUAUGAAAAUAGAGAUAUAUUUACUUAUAUUAAAAAGCCUUUUCAAGAUCAAUAUAUAAUGGAUUCCCGUCGAGGUCUUCUCUGUGAUUGUGUGGAUAAUUGUUAUUCCUUGGUUUACUUAAUUAGUUUAAAUUCCAAUAUGUUGCCAAAUAUUAAUGCCAGUUAUCCUCAAAUACAAGGUGACAUUUAUAUAGGUCAGGGAGUGGUGACAAAAUAUGAAGCUCGUUUGGAUUAUACAGUAUUUGAUUUGAUAGCUCAGUUUGGCGGUAUCUUAGGUCUAUCAUUGGGUGCAUCAAUACUAAGUCUGGCUGAAGUGGUUUAUGCUGGCAUCAAAAUAUUAGUAAUUUUAUUUAUAUCAAAACGUUCACAGGCAAGAAAAAUCAAACCCAAAAAACAUAAAGCUAAAAUACAUAAUAAAUGA